AUGCCCUCUGGCGUCAAGAUCGACUACGAAAACGACGCUCUUGCAAGUAUGAAUACCGUUCCACUUCGACAAGAGGGCACCCUAUCUCCCAAAGAAUCCUUGGAGAAGCCACUCGCCGAUGAAGUCGACAUUCGAGCUUUGGAACGAAGAUUGGUUCGCAAGCUUGAUCUGAUCUUCUUGCCAUGGGCGUGCGUUAGUCAGGUUAUGAAGAAGAUCGACCAGACCAACUACAAGGCCGCUUAUACCGCUGGCAUGCGCGAUGACCUUGGUCUCGCUGGAACCAAUGCUUUGACUCUAUUAGACAUUUACUUCACCAUCCCACUGGCUGUAUUUGCUGUACCAACUAUGCUCAUCAUUACUCGAGUCAGGCCAUCAUACUUCCUUCCAGGCCUCGAAAUGACUUGGGGUAUCCUUACGGCCUUGAUGGCAACUUGCAAGAGGGUCGAACAGAUGUAUCCUCUUCGGUUUUUCAUCGGGACUAUGGAAGCUUGUUGUUGGCCAUUAACGACCACACUGCUCCUAUCGUGGUACACACCGAUGGAGCUGGCUAAACGCCAGUCGAUUUAUCUUUGUUCAAGCUUUGUUGGACAGAUGUUCACCUUUGCGAUGCAAUCAGCAAUUCACCAAACCCUCGAGGGAAACCUUGGCAUGGCGGGUUGGCGCUGGCUCUUUAUUAUCAAUGGGGUUAUGACAGUCGUAGUUGCUAUUAUAGGUUUCUUUGCUCUACCUGAUUACCCGGCGACCUCUCGUGCAUUCUAUCUCACUGAGCAGGAAAAGCAGCUUGGAUACGAAAGGUUACUUCGAUAUGGAAGGCGCACACUGAAAAGUAUGGACGAGUACCCCGGAUGGAGAGGCAUCAAGACCCUCGUCAGAAAGACAUCGAAAACAAUUUUCGGAUGGAAAUUUGCUCUACUAUUUCUUUGCUACGGUCCCUGGGCCUGGGCCACUCAGGUCAACUCUUGGUUCAAUCUCUUCCUGGACGAUCUUCGUAACCCGGAUGGGACUAAAAUGUUCAGCGUAAAGCAAGUGACAGAGAUUCCUAUUGCGGGCAGUGGCCUUGCCUUGGUGGGAGCGCUGGCCAUCGGGUGGAUAAGUGAUCGGUACCAACUCCGCUGGCAGCUGGCGAUUGUAAUAAACCUAGUUCUCCUAUCUUGUGCCAUUGUGCUCGCCAUUUGGCCGAAUAUCGUCUGGCUACUCUUCUUGGCAUUUCUUGUCAGCUAUGUGACUUUUGCCAACGAGUCCAUUUACAUGAGCUGGCUGGGAGAUAUCUGUAGAGACGACCCGGUCGAGCGUUCGCUUGUUCUAGCCCUUGCCCUUAGCUUUACGAUGGCGGGAAACUCUUCUCUUCCUAUUGCAUUAUGGCCUUCGAAAGAGGCGCCGCGAUACCGAUAUGGAUACAAGGUGGGUACAACCGCAUACAUCCGUCGGCCUUCCUUCUGA